CAUGCCCCUGUGUCAAUGUCAGCGAUACCAACAGUCGAACCGAGGAUUUUGCGUUCGGUAAAGAUCACUGCGGUACAUCAGGACUUAAAUUUCCAACUGGUUCAAGUUACCAACGAGGAACAGAAUUUAGGAAGCUAUGGAUAUUACACUCCCAGUGGUUUGAUCAUGAAGAUCUUCCUGUUGAUCAAUAUUCUGUGCUUAGCCCUGGUGGCUAAUGCUCUCCCAGCCAGCCGAAUUGUCGGUGGUACUGAUGCAGAAGAUGGGAAAUAUCCUUACCAAAUAUCGCUCCUCUUCCGAGGAAGACAUAACUGCGGGGGUGCAAUCAUAAACGACCGUUACAUCCUCACCGCUGCUCACUGCGUUCAAAAUGUCCAACCGUCUGCACUGACCAUCGUGGCUGGAACCAAUGAGUGGAGGAAACCUGGCCAGAAAUAUGCUGUAGAAAAAAUCAUAUCUCACGAUUUCGAUUCCGCGGCUCUUAUCAAUGAUCUUGCUCUGCUCAGGACCACUAAAAAAAUUGUCUUUACCAACACUAUUAAGCCUAUUAAGAUAACCACAAAAGACAUCAGGGACCAUGGACAUUCAGUGAUAGCAACUGGAUGGGGAAGACUAGGUGCAUGGGGUACAGCUCCCUCCAGACUCCAAGAGAUCGAACUCAAGAUUUUCGAUCAAAAGAAGUGCAACGCCCGCUUUGGAGUAACUUCAGGGGAAAUUUGUACCUUCACUCAAUCUGGUGAAGGUGUAUGCAACGGCGAUUCUGGCGGUCCUCUUGCUGCUGAUGGAGUCCUCAUUGGUAUCGUAUCCUAUGGUAUUCCAUGCGGUAUGGGACAUCCUGAUGUGUUCACACGUGUCUACCAUUUCAAAGACUGGAUUGCUGACAACAUCAAGAAUUCUCUCCCAACCAGCCGAAUCAUUGGAGGCACUGAUGCAGAAGAUGGGGCAUAUCCUUACCAGAUAUCACUCCUCUUAAGAGGAAGACAUAACUGCGGGGGUGCGAUCAUUCACAAACGUUACGUGAUAACUGCUGCCCACUGCGUUCACAGGCGGACAGCCGACAUGUUGGCCAUCGUCGUCGGCACAAACGUCUGGCAGAAACCGGGGGAGACGUACGAAGUUGAGAAGAUCAUAUCCCACGAUUUCGACCCCCAGAGGAUUGUCAACGACAUCGCUCUUUUGAGGACAACUGAAGACAUCGUGUUUAACGAGAGAGUUCAGCCUAUUGAGAUAGCUCAUGAGAAUAUCCAGAAUCAUGGGUAUCCAGUUGUUGCUACCGGAUGGGGAAGAAUAUACGCUUCGGGACCCUCUCCUUCCAGGCUCCAAGCAAUCAACCUUCGAAUUUAUGAUCAGCAACGAUGCUUACAUUAUUUCCACGUUACCGAUGGGCAGAUCUGCACAUUAACUGAAAUUGGCGAGGGUGUAUGCAACGGUGAUUCUGGUGGACCCCUUGUGGCUGACGGCGUCCUCGUUGGACUAGUAUCAUUCGGAAUUCCAUGUGGCAAAGGAAGACCCGAUGUCUAUACUCGCGUCUACCAUUACGCGGACUGGAUCACGGAAAAUAUGGAAGAGUAAUCGGUGGUUAUUGGAAAAAAAGGAAGAUCAACGGGGAAAUGAAAAAAUUGAUGCCGACCUAAUGGAAAAUAUUUCAACAUGAGUUGAAUCAUUGUCGAUGGAUGGAAGUUGUGCGGACAUCGCUGCUGCUAAAAUGAGAGUAUUAUGCAGUAUAUGAAUGAUCAUCUUACUUCAUUGUAAAUAAAUAUAAUCCACUGUUCAAAUUUG